GAUCAGACGGAUGGCGACAUGGAGGUGGACAACCCACAGCCAGAGGACGAGGAAGAUGUUGAGGAGCCUACCACCAGAAAGGAGUUCCAGGCUUGGCGAUCGAAGUUCCGCAACAACGUUCACGUGAGUGCUACACUGUACCAAGACAGGCGCCUGCAGAGUCGCAUCAGAAUGCUGGCCUUGUGCAGCAAGCCCGUUUCCCAGGAGUACUUCAACACUCUUGAGAAACAGCAGGCUGCACAGUUGGAGUGGGCUGCAAACAGAAGCUCCGGAAGCUGGUUCGUCACCGUGCACAAGACCUUGAACCUGAUUCACUCUGCCAGCUUUCUCCAAGAGCUCCCCGUGUCUUCGUGGAAUGGUUCACGGUCGGUAGGAGCUGAUGAAGCAUGGGUGCAGCAGGAGUCGGCUUUACUCAACGAGGCCUGGAGGCUCCUGGUGGAGCUGGCAUCUGCCAGGACUGUACCUUUUCAUUUCUGUUUCACUUGUUUGUCUGUUUAUGGCAUUGAUAUCAGAAGUUCUGUUGCUGUCGAUGAUAGUGAUCAUGCCUCUAAUGUCUACACUCCUCCUGCAGCUAACAUCUCGGCACGGCUCCGGCCGAUGCUACUGCUACACAGGAUAUGGUCACAGGCCAUGUUCUCCUACGUACCGCCCCACAUGCUAGCAAGUGUCUUCGGGAAGCCAGCCGACCGGAACUGGAGCUUGGAUCUCUUUCGCAAUCUCGACAAGGGCCUCCGUGUAGCAGUCCGCCUGGUCAAAGACUCCCCUGACAGCACUGUUGGGGCAGAAGUGCGGGCUCUGCUCAAGGACGUCUGGUGGCACGAAACGCCACUGUGCCUAGAACUCAUCCAAAUUGCAAGGGACUCUGGCUUUACAGCUACUGAUCGAGAGUUGCGAACGGCAUGCUUCGGCAUGUUCGGGGGGCCGAGCAAUACAAAGUACACAGCGGAGGAUGUCUUUGCCCAUCUCACCGACAUCACCAGCCGAAGCCAGAAAGGCUGCAUGCGAAUGGCAAAGCCCUCUCUGCAGCAAUCUAAGUUACAAGCUUUCCUUGGUCAGAAUCCAGCAUCGGAUUACAUGGAGUACAAAGCCGACCGAAGCGACAGGUCCGGACUCUACUUUGGUGCCUCCGUGCCUCCUCCAGACAAGCUAGAGCUCAGCAGUCUCCUGCAG